UUCCCACAAUGAACAAGGCCAAUAGGAAAUAACCCUCCCAGUUUUAAGAAAGGAGGUGGGGUGCAAGGGAUUCAAACUAAGGCAGGCUUUAAAGUGACUCAAACCCUCCCAAAGACUGAGUGCAGACAGUCUCCACAGCACUAAGAAGUGGGCUUACUGUGACUGAACUGCUGCUUUUCUUGUCAACCUAAAACAAAAAAAACAGGAGAAAACCUUAGACUUACUGAAGACAGGCAGAUAAGGUGCUGCACACUCAGGACAAUGGGAAACUGAGCAGGCUUAGCACUUUUUUACUGUAUUUAUUGUGAAGGAAAGAGGAGCAAGGACAAACUGGAGGAUACUAGAGAUUAUAUUGCCAUGGAAACCAAAAGCUGGAAGCGGACACAAGGACCACUGAAGGUGGAUGAACUCUCUUGAAUGUAUCUUCACGUCGUCAUCCUGCUGCACACUGUGGUGAGAGAAUGCUGUGGAGAAUCACCAUCCCCAUCCUCCUUGCUGGGUUCUUCUGCGUCAUUGCAGAGGCCAAAAAGCUCCGGCCCCAAGGCUCAAUACCAUCCCCACACAAGGCCAAAGGAAACCUGUCUGCAGAUCACCCCCACAGACUUUUGCAGCAGAAACCAGAAGUCCUGUCCUCAAGCCGAGAGGCCCUAGUUGUGACUGAGCGGCGUUACCUCCGAAGAGACUGGUGCAAGACCCAACCCCUUCGCCAGACAAUCAGUGAAGAGGGUUGCCGCAGCCGCACUGUGGUCAACCGCUUCUGCUACGGCCAGUGCAACUCCUUCUACAUCCCACGGCAUCUGGGUCCCAGCUCGAGUCAUGGACACAGUCGAGGUCAGGCUUCAGGGUCUGGAAGAAAGGGCCACAAUAAAGCCCAGGAGCCCUUCCAGUCCUGUUCCUUUUGCAGGCCGCAUCGCAUCACACAGCUCACAGUGCAGUUAGACUGCCCAGAUCUGCAGCCCCCCUUCAGACACCGCAAGGUGCAGAGAGUCAAACAGUGUCGAUGCAUGUCUGUGGAUGUGACCGGUCAUGGAAAACUGUGAAGGACUACCUUAAUAGAUUUUUGUUGUCAGAUUACUUGCCAAAAUAAGGAGUGAGGAACAUUGUCAAGUCAUAGUAAAAAUGGCUUGUCCAGCAAAAAACUGAACAUAAGAAACCUGUGUGAUAAAGGCAGCAUUGAACUAAUCAGAGAUUUGCAGUCAAGAUGUCUCAUCACUUUAGAAAUCCUUUUUGUUCAAGUUAAAGUUGGUAUACAGCCGUCUGGGUGGAACAGUGGGUGUAUUUUCUCUCCCAGGUGUAACAAAUUUUAUUUACAAGUCUAAUGAACACAGGGUGAUUAUGCUGACCAUUGCAUCUUAAAAUUAUAUUUUCUGAGCAGUGCAACUAGCUUGUUUCUUUGAUAUGAACUGUUUCAUUGCAAAUGAACUGACAUUUACCUUGCCAGUUUUUUGCCUUGUGUGCUGUCAUACCAUUACUUUUCGGCAUCUUGAUUGAACUGAAGCUGCGUUGAGAUGAAUUAGAGAAACUUCAAGUGCCACGACAGUGGCUUCAACUCGUUCGGACUAAGAACUUGGCUGCAAGUUGAGCAAAAUAUACUGCAGCUUGUGUAAUGGUUGUGCAAUGAAAUGUAUACAGUAUGAUAUAUGUAUGUGUGUAAGUAUAUUUCUUUAAAAUAUAUUAAAUCUAUUUCAUAUAAAACAACUCCCUUUAGAGUGCAUGCACUUGUGUAUCAAAAGAGGACAAUGUUAAAUAACCAGCGGUUUCAAUGCAAAUUUAUAUAUUUGAUUUUAUUCAAUAAAUAUCACUUUUUAUGUUCAUUGUUAUUUAAAAAUAGAAUUGGUAUUGUUCAUGUAAAAAAAAGAAAUCUGAUGAGAAUUCAAUUGCAUGUCUAAUGUAAAGGGAUUCACACUGUCACACAGCUAGAAAAAUGAAUUACAUACAUAGAACUGUGUUUAAAAUAAAGUAUAUUAAUAAAGAAAUGCUGUUCAUCUGGAAAAACAUAGAAAUCAUCAGAUCACACCAUGUGGAUAUGUGGGUUUAAGUAACAAAUGGUAAUAGAGGAGGUGCUGCUUCUAAAACAUUUAAGCCAUCAGACAUUUUUGAUACUUGUGUGAAAUUGACUAAAUCCAAACCACUUUAACUCAUGUCAAAUCGAAUAUUCUCUUUAUCAUGCGUAUUAUAUACAUGAGAGGUUUGGAAAAAAAAAAAAGACCUGUUUUGCAUUGUUCAUUUGCUACCUAUACCCUUCAAUAAGGCACCAUGUUCCCAUAUAAAAAAAUCUUAGAUGUGCCUUUCACCAGAACUAAAAAUUAAAUGUUUUCAGAAUAAAUAUAUGAUAGGAAACUUGCACAAAAACGUCGAAACACAAUUAUACCAAAGAUUAAAAAAUAGACGCAAUUUGGAAAUAAUGCUAAAAAGACUAUGUUCUAAAGACAUAUUUUUGCUAAUAUGACUUAAGAUUUUUGUUUGGUUGCAGAUUAAUCUUUUGUAUUAAGUCCACUUAAAUCCAAGAACCGACCAAAGAAUUAAAAUAAAUAAUUUUUAACAUCCUCCACGGUAGAUUGUGCUCAUGCUAAAGCUCAGCGGCUGUCAUCCAUUUUCUGCCUCAUAUCUUCUUACCCAGCUUUGCUUUCUGUGAAAUACAAAAAAAUAGAUGGGAGUUAUUUACACGCAAUAACCUUCAGAUUUCAUAUGCAGACAGGCAUUUUUAAACUGCGUGGUCUUCUCGAGAGAGAAGACAGAAAGAGAAGAAAGGUUAAAA